AAUUAUUUGUAAUAGAACUUAAUUGCCACCUUUUAUACCAGUAACAAAGGAAUAUCAGUAAAUGGUUCAGUUAUUUUAUAAGUGGCUAUCAAGUGGCUGGAUAUUUGAAUGUCAUGGGUUUUUGUACAUAAUGUGUCACUGUGUCAGAAUACCAUUUUAGUGAAAUGCCACCAACCAGAGUGAACGAAUUUGGGCAAUGGACCCUUUGGUUAUUAUGGAUGGCUGCCAAUGGUAUCGUAUUUGGGCUGGCUUACAAACAGUUUGAUGAAGGCAAAAAAUAUUAUUAUCUUCGUGCUAUUUUAAAGGGUGGUCUUCCAUGGGCAAGAGCAUCUGCAGCUGUGCUGAACUUCAAUUGUUUUCUAAUUCUACUCCCAGUUUGCAGAAAUCUUUUGUCUGCUUUACGUGGGGUUCAUUGUUUUGGUCUUAUAAAAAGCAUUUUCAGAUUGUUGGAUAAGAAUCUGACAUAUCACAGACAUAUUGCAUACAUGAUUUGCAUCUUUUCUGUUAUUCAUAUUGGUGCCCAUGUCUUUAAUUUUGAGAGAUUUGCAGCAGCUUGGGAUGAAAGUCAAUAUGCUCUUAUAUACAGACUCUCUUUUAAGUUUGAAGAUACUAGCUCUUCAACAUGGUUAAACCCCAUUCGACAGAGGGGAGUGGAUCCUAACACAGAGUUGUUCAAAACAGUGGCUGGUAUAUCUGGUGUCAUUAUUACUCUUGCACUAGUUCUUAUGUUCACAUCCUCAACAGAACUUAUAAGGCGUUCAUAUUUUGAGGUGUUUUGGUACACACAUCAUCUAUUUGUAAUUUUUUUUGUGGGACUUAUUGUCCAUGGUUUUGGUGGUCUUGUCCGUAAACAAGUGAACACAAGCAGCCAUGACCCUGUAGAAUGCCAGGCCGAGGUCAAUAAACAUGAAUGCCCAGAUCCUCUCUUUGAAGCUACUGGUGCCACGUCCUGGAAAUGGGUUACAGCUCCAUUGGCAUUAUAUUUUAUUGAGAGAUGCAUCAGAUUUGUUAGAUCACUGCAAAAUGUGAAAGUUACAAAGGUUAUAAAGCAUCCCUCAAAUGUUCUUGAAAUCCAAAUGACAAAGUCUAGAUUUCAUUCUGAACCAGGACAGUAUAUUUUCCUUCAUUGUUCCAAGAUCUCAAAUCUCGAAUGGCAUCCGUUCACUCUUACCUCGUGCCCUGAAGAAGACUACUUCAGUGUCCAUAUAAGAAUUGUUGGAGACUGGACUAGUGGUCUUGCAAAAUUGUUUCUGGAUGAAAAUGAGGAACAGCGUGAAGAGAGACCCAGACUUGCUGUAGAUGGACCAUUUGGUACGUCAAGUACUGAUUUUAUGAAAUAUUCUGUUUGUGUGUUUGUUGGAGCUGGUAUUGGUGUGACACCCUUUGCCUCAAUACUCAAGACAAUAUGGUAUCAACAUAAUAAAUCUGAAUCAUCUCUAAAUAUCAAGAAGAUAUACUUCUUUUGGAUUUGCCGAGAUACAAAUGCAUUUGAAUGGUUUGCAGAGUUACUGGAGAGUUUAGAAGUUCAGAUGGUUGAAAAAGGAAAUGGUGAUUUCCUAGAGUAUAACAUGUAUCUCACCCGAGGCUGGACGAACAAUGAGGCCAGAAAUAUCAUGUUACGAGAUCAAGAAGAAGGGGAGGAUGUUAUUACAGGAUUAAAACGGAAAACAUUCUUUGGCAGACCACAAUGGGAUGGUAUUUUUGAUAAUAUUGCUCAGUCUAAUCCAAGUACGGACAUUGGGGUGUUUUUUUGUGGUCCAUCAGGUUUAUCUCAUACUUUACGAAACAUGAGCAAUAAAUACAGCAAUGCAAAAGAAGGAAUACGCUUCUAUUACAACAAGGAAAACUUUUAAACUUGGCUGACUAAAAUUAUACCCAAUAUACUUCUAUUGUGGCUUUUGUGGGUUUUUUUAACAAAAUGCUAUUUUUUAAGACUUUUUAUUAAACCAAAUGUGCAUAA